UGUUUAGUUAGGCCUAUAUAAGAAGAGCUACACAUGUGGAGGUCAACCACAGAGUCCCUCUUCUCCUCUCUGAUUCUUCCUCUUUCUUUGGAGUUCACUCACUCAUCUCCUAAUUAAUCAAACAAUCAAGCUCUUUUUCAGAUUGCUUUUUGUGUUCCAUUCGUUGCCAUGGAAGGAGCACUGAACUACUUCUCCAGCUUGUUGGGUGGGCACAGCGACCACAGGAGGAAGAGGCAGUUCCAGACUGUGGAGCUCAAGGUCAGGAUGGAUUGCGAAGGCUGCGAACUCAAAGUUCGAAAUGCACUCUCUCGCAUGAGAGGAGUUCAAUCUGUGGACAUCAAUAGAAAACAAUAUAAGGUAACCGUGGUAGGGUACAUCGAGCCGCAUAAGGUAUUGAAGAGGAUUCAGUCGACCGGAAAAAAGGCUGAAAUAUGGCCUUACGUGCCCUACAACUUGGUGGUUCACCCUUACACUGCCCAAACUUAUGAUAAGAGGGCACCAGCAGGGCAUGUGAAGAAUGCAGAAGUGAUCACAAUCUCUAACCAAGUGGUGAGGCCGGAGGACAAGCUUUCCAUCAUGUUUAGCGACGACAACCCUAAUGCUUGCUCUGUUAUGUAAAUGAAUUAGAGAUUUUGAAUUGGACACUUUCAACUAUGCGACAUGCAUGCACUUUUGUUUUCUCGUUCGAGUUUAUCGAAUUCGAUGUAAUGUAAUAAGUUGAGUAAGACCUUUGUGUGGAAGAAGGGCUACAUUUAUCAAGUACUUUGUAGCUUUAUUUUGUUUGUA